AUGCCUCCCCACUCGAUACUGACUCGCGCACACCGCUCAGUGUACCGAAGGUCAUCAGACGACGAUGGCGGGCCCGCUAAUCUCUGCGAUGCCGGCCAGUGCAUCGACAACACCUCCGUCGACAUCGAGUACUCUCCGUCUCAGAACUGGCGGACGAUCACAGUGACGGGCGCAUCCGCGGUGGGCACCUUCAACAACGACGUGACCUUUUCACAAAACACGGGCGAUUCCUUGACGGUGACAUUCAACGGGACGGGGGUCAAAGUUUUCGGCGCCAUCGUUCCCCACGGCCAGGACGACCCCAGUGUCGUUCUUUCUAUCGACGACGACGCUUCAUCAACGCUAGAGCCGCCGCCGGGGGAUACUGUCUCCGAACCUCCUGUUCUCGAACUUUUCAGCACGCAAUCUCUUCAGUCUGGAUCGCACAUACUUUCCAUCACCAACAACGGGUUUCUAUUUUGGUUGGACCGCUUUGAGGUCACCCCCGCCCCUUCUUCAUCGAGCUCUUCUACGCCACCGCUCCCAUCCACUUCUGCCACCUCCUCCACGAGCUCGAGCGCGAGUGGCGCGUCUUUAAGCACGGAUAAUUCUUCGAGCAGUGAGUGCCAUCGAUACGACAUCCACUUCAAGCGCUACGACGUUCGCUGUCAGCGCUACGACGUUCACUCUAAGCGUUUCGACGCUCACUCUAGGCGCUACGACGUCCACUACAAGUACGACGACGCUCGCAUCCAGUGUCUCGGUGAUUUCAACGUGGGCAUUGCGCACCACGGCCUUGACGUCGUUGACUCAUCGAAACCGACGUCGGAGACGGGCAUGGGUUCCGUGCCCCUCAGCGGCGCACUGUACACCAACGGCGGUGGCCCCAACAACGCAGGGAUCAUCGCCGCGGGCGUCAUUGGCGGCCUCAUCUUCCUCAUCCUCGUCGGGCUGUGGCUCUACCGCCGAAGCGACUCCCGGCGUCGCGCGCGCGCGCUCUCGCGCUUCAUGCCGUACACCUUCGCCUCCCCCUCCUCCUCCUUUGGCUCGCAGGAGGUCUCCGUCGAGAAGACGUUGGCGUACAGCGGCGACGCACCUGCUCGCGCGCGCUUCAGCUUCCUCAGGACACAGCCGACGGCGACGUCGGGGGGCGGCAGGCCGCCGCCGAGCCCCGCGCAGACCGUCAGCGACGGCGACUGGCUCGAGGUCCGCUCGAUCUGGCGGGGUCCGUGA